AUGAGUGCGCCGCUACAAUGGACGCGACCGGCACAAUUUCUCGUAUAUCUCGUCCCAAUAGGCGACAUUCCACUGGAUCUUUUUGCUUCUUAUGUGCGUCUCUUAAAGACGUAUAACACUCUCCCUCUUCGUAGUCUCACACGUCCUGGGGGCUACGCAGCUGAGCUUUCUCCAUUUCAAGACCUCGAUUGGACCGGUCCUGGAGCAAUUCACUUUCACUUUAUAUCAACAGCUGAGCGCAUUGAAACUUUUAAUGGAGAGGAUGUACAUGCCAGUCAUCGUGUUAUUGGGGCGUUGGGUGUGUGUCACAGUCCAUCACUUCUACUCAGCGGGGGGCUGCGUGCCGCCCACGCAGAGUUUAAAGCAUCGGUCCGGCAUUUAAACGGACUGUUGUUGCAUAAACUCUUUGCUUUUGAACACGCAUUUGAAGAUAUUACAACUAAAGAAUGUAAAGGUCUUGAUGAUCUCGUCAUGUUCCCAGUACAUCAUGAACUACCGGGUACAGGUGAAUCUACUGUGAGUCUUCAUUUACAAGUCGUCAUGGAAACAUUGGCCGUUAAUAUUGUCAUGUCUUUGGAAAGUGCUAUUAGAUCGGCUACGUCCAUAAAGGCUUUGAAUGGCUCGACGCUUUCAGCAGUAGGGGGAGAUCUUGCCAGCGUCUUGCUCGAUGUUAACGUAGAGCCGCGACCGACAAAUGGCGUCCAGCAGUCGCAAUUUUCUCCGCUGGUGCUUUCUCGAGACGCAAGAGUGGAUGCUACAACUGGCUCUGCUUUGAGUCCUACCACACAUUCGUCGGGAUCAUCGAUCUCUUCAAUUCCAUCGCCGCUGGCUAAUGGCGUUGCUGCCUCGGACCGACGCAAUCGACGACGGAAACAACAACUUGCUCGGAGAGAAAAAUUACUCGGAGAUUACAAUGUACUUGUAUGUUGCAUCUCUGGCGCGAUGAACCAUUACACAGUAGCAGUCGAGAUGUUACGUGAAGAAGAACGACGUAGUGGUGGUGCAUCGGCGGACGCCUUAUGGCUUGCGGCUGCACUGGAAGGAUAUGUAUUUUGUUUAUAUACAGAGUCACAGGACAAAUUCUUGACAGAACUUGUCGAGAAAGCGUCAGAGGCGGUCGCAUUUUACGCAAAGGCAGGCACAACCGAGCUCGAAAGUCUACUUAUUGAGAAUCUUGGGUCGUACUACGCAAGAGUAGCUAUGGCGACGUUGGCGCGUACAUCAAUGACAGGUGAAGCGAAUUUUUUGGAAAGCAUUUGGACGAAGCGCUUACUUUGGGACGUGCUGGAAAGAGGGAUGACGAUGUUCCCAGAAUUGCACCCUCAGCGCCAGGUACAGUUUUUGAUUGAAACAAGUCGAGCUCUCGAAACUGUAGGUCAUCGCCGGCGUGCGGCACUCUUUCUUCACGAAGUGGCAUCUCUCUUACUAAACCGCAACGCGUCUUUUGUUGAUGCGCAAACGAGGUCGUACGUAUCACCCACCGACGUCACAAGAGGGUCUCAGCGGAUAAGAGAUUUACAGGCUGCUCUAAUUCUGGAACGAGUUGCGGCAGAUCGGUUGGGUAUUCAAGCUCCAAGUACCCGAAAGGGCGAAUGUUUACCAUGGAAAGCCACAACACAAUAUCGGAGAAAUCAGAGGAAGAAAUCGUCAGGAACAGAUGCAUCUACGAUCGUCCACGAUAAUGCAUGGCUGAUCAUUCGCUUUCAUGUGCUCCGGCAACUCUUGAUCAUAGCUAGGAUGCUGGGGGACGCGCUUCUCGUCGGAACGUACUGUCUGCAGCUGCUAGAAAUGCUGGUAUGGUGUGACUCUAUUGCUGUACCGCCAAUGGUUGACUCACCACACACGUGCUCCUCGCCAUCUUGGAAAAAGACGUCUGAUCUGCAUGCAACGUCGGAAGUGGACCACUUUCAGCGACCUGCUACGUUGCUUCGUGCUUCCCAUUUACCUGUGGAACGAGUUGCAGCAGGCCUCCACGCGAAGGGUGGCAUUUAUUUAUAUCCACCUCCGGGCAUUGACACCAGGGUCAAACGCAACUUUAUCAAUUCUCCAUCCGCCGCCAUGUCCAACGCAGCGGCAUCUUUAUCGUCGACGCUGACCAACACGCCGCGAAUGUUAGUAACACCACGGCAGCAAUUUUCUGCCGCUGUCAAUGCUAUAUCUACAAAAGCGUCGCCAGCGUUUACUCCGUUUUCAAGUGCACAUCAUCAGCACAAUGAAUCUAUGGCAGGCCGACCAGAUGGCGUGGACGAUCGUACGGCUACAGACAUCGUCGAUCAAAAGGAAGUCGAUGGUGAAGGUAUGAACGGAGAGGAUGAGUACAAAAUGUCACGGCUAUUGGAUGCUGGUGACGGCAAACUGGAUAGAACACUGCGUCUUAAUAAUGCUAUAGCAGAACCCGAUUCUGUGUGGGAUCUGCGAUCAAAGACAGAGAUUGCGAAGAUUGAAGGAAAGCUCCUUCAUAUGCUGGAGUCUAAUUGCUUGGCGUUGCGAUCAAAUGAACAAAUGCAGCUGCCCACAUUCUUGAGAAUAGACAAUCUGGAGCUGCACCCAAGUUGUCCUUGUCAGGAUCCUUUUUUUCCCGGGUGA